GCUAGCAAGUAGAAAGCAUAUAUAGAUUAUUAAUUGCAGCUAAGUAUAGUAGAUAUAUAUACAAAAAAGAAGAAGAAGAAGAAAUAUAGAGAAAGCUAGGUAGGUGCGUUGAGAUGGAUAGAAGAGAUAAGAUGGGUAGCUGGAAGCCAACGAUGACAAUGGUGGGAGUUGUGGUGGUGUUCGCGGUGAUGAACACUUUGACGAAGAUGGCCUUCAACCAGGGGAUGCACACCACCGUCCUCAUCACCCUUCGUCAGCUCAUCGCCACUCUCUUCCUCGCCCCAAUCGCCUACUUCAGGGAGAGGAAGACAAGACCUAAGCUUACAGCUGAAAUCUUGGUGUAUCUCUUCUUCAGUGCGGUGCUCGGAGCUUCCCUUACCCAAUGGCUCUUCUUCCUGGGGCUGCAGUACACCACCGCAACAUUCGCAUGCGCCUUCAUCAACAUGACUCCCAUCUUCACCUUCCUUGUAGCCCUGCCUUGUGGGCUGGAGAAAGUGGAGGUGAAGACGGGAGCUGGCAUAGCUAAAGUGGGAGGCACAGUGUUAGGAUUCAGUGCAGCGAUGAUCCUUGCUCUGUACCAGGGUCCAUCGCUGACCAAGCAGCUGCGUGCUGCUGCUGCUCCAAGUCCAGCAGCAAUGGCGGCGCAGAGAUGGGCGAUGGGGUCAGUGGCGCUGCUGGGUGGGUCAGCUUGCUGGUCGCUGUGGUUCAUCCUGCAGUCCAAGAUCGGCAGCAAGUACCCUGCGCUCUACUCGGGGACUGCCCUCAUGUUCCUUCUCAGCUUCCUUCAGAUGGCUGCCGUCGCCCUCGCCGUCGACAAACUUACCCUAUCUCCAUGGAUCUUAACCACCAAGCUUCAGAUCAUCACCGUCCUCUUUGUGGGGAUAGUUGGGUCAGGGAUAGGAUUCUUGGCCAUGUCAUGGUGCGUGGAGCAGAGAGGGCCUGUGUUCACCACUGCAUUCACGCCCCUCAUCCAGAUAAUCGCAGCUGCUAUCAACGUCAUCGUUCUCCAUGAGCAGCUCCAUCUUGGAACUGUGAUAGGGUCUGCUCUGGUCAUCGUGGGGCUGUACUUGGUUCUAUGGGGAAAGAGUAAAGAGCAGCAGGCAAUGGCACCAUCGUCGACGUCUCCUGCACCCAAUGUGCUGCAGCCUCAACAAACCACUACUACUGUACACAUGCAAACUGCCUAAUUAAUACAAGCUGCAUAUAUAUGUGCAUGCAUCAAACCAAAUUUAAUCUAUAGAGAAAAGAGUCCUCCUCGCUCACGUAAAAAAAAAAAAAAGUUCCCGGCCCUGUUUUCCCCUUCCCCGUGCCGUGCGUGUAACUAUAUAUAUAUAGCUAGGUCCGAGUAUGCUUUUCUUCUUAAAGACCAAUUAAGAGGGAAGCUGGUCAAGAUGAUUGAUUUUGUAAGUUAAUUGCACGGAUCAAGAGUCAUUUACAUGCUUCUCUCUUUGUCUCGUAAUGGUGCAUCACGUACCAGUUCAAACCCUACAACAAAAUUAAAAGGACAACAAAUAACUAAGAUGCUUUUCCAUGCAGAUCAAUUCGAUUGGCUGAUAAAUCGGUCCGUAUCGAUGUCUUAGCGUUGACUUGCCUAAUUUUAAUUUCUUGCUUUGAUUCUCCCAGAU